AUGUCUGUUGUGGACAUCCGUGCCAUUGUUGCGGAAUUGAGAGAACAAAUUAUCGGCAUGAGAUUGGCCAAUCUGUAUGACAUUAACAAGAAGACUUACUUGUUGAAAUUUGCCAAGACCGAUGAGAAGAUUGUUGUACUCAUUGAAUCAGGAAUUAGAAUUCAUAGUACAGCGUUUGAGAGAGACAAGUCGAAAAUGCCAUCUGCAUUCGUAUUGAAGUUGAGAAAACACAUCAGAACCAAAAGAUUGGAAAAUGUAGCACAAUUGGGCGUUGAUCGUGUCGUUGAUUUCACCUUCGGAGUUGAAGAAAAAGCCUAUCACCUUAUUGUAGAGUUCUUUGCCAAGGGUAACGUUGUUCUCACGGACCAUCAAUACAAGAUUAUUAGUUUGUUACGUACACACAGUAAGGAAGCAGAGACUGGCUUGUUUGCUGUCGGAGAGACUUAUCCAGUGUCAACUCGUUUGCAAUUUGAGGGAAUUUCAAAAACAAGUCUUGCUCAAACUUUUCACAAUGCAAUUGACAAGGAAUUAACGAGUGCUGUGCAAGCAACAACUCAAGAAGAAACACCACAAGAUCAAAAGAAGAAACAGCACUCGAAAAAAGCUCCUACUGUUCCAACACUUACUGUCAAAAAUUGUCUUGUCAAUUAUUUGGAUUAUGGUACAGGAUUUGUUGAGCAUGUUUUACUCACGUCUGAUACUCUUCCACAAAAUCUUAACCUUCUCGAUAGCUCACAAGAUCUCACUAAACGACUAUUGGUGGAAAUUGAGAGCGUCCUUAAUUCUACUCCACUCGUUGAGACACCAAUUUUGGAUAAACUUGUGGCAUCAUUUAAGGAAGUGGACGACUUUAUCAUGAGAAUUAAGACCGAAAAACAAAAGGGUUAUAUUAUUCUCAAAGAUAUUGUACAUCAAAAACAACUGGAUGAGACAUCACCACAACAGCAAGAGGAGAAUGGCUCUGCAUCGGCGUCUUUAGAACAAACUGAGCCAAUGCCUCUCAACGAAUUGCAAUUGAAGCAAAUAGAGUUAUUGAAAGAGGAGAAGCGUUUGUCCAUUAAGAGAGACCAAUACGAUGAUUUUACUCCAUUCCUUUUCGAGCAAGUUCGUAGAAAAAUUCCAACCAAUCCUGAUGAAAUCAAAGUUAUUACCUUCCAAUCAUUUGACAAGUGUGCAGACGAAUUCUUCUCAGCUAUUGAGGCUAAGAAAAUUGAAUCUCAAAAAUCAAGUGUUGAGAACGUUGUUGAAAAGAAGUUGAAUAAGGUCAAAAAAGAACAAGAACUCAAAUUGCAAGAGUUGCAAGCUUCUAUGGACAAGUAUGAAACUAUUGCAAAUUUGAUUGAGCAAUAUUAUGAAAUGGUUGAUCAAGCAAUUCAAGUUGUUUGUGGUGCACUUGCUCAAUCUCAGCCAUGGGAAACAAUCAAACAAGUUAUUAAGGAGCAUCGAGACAUCGAUCCAAUUGCUGCCAUGAUUCAUAAAUUGAAAUUGGAGUCCAGCCAAAUUACAUUGAUGCUUCCACCACCAUCAGUUUAUAUAAACCAAGAGGAUGACUAUGAGGAAGACGAAGAAGAUGAAGAGGAAAAGAAUGAACAAGACGAGAGCGAUGAGAGUGACGAGGACAACACCACCUCAUCAUCUAAAAAAACAAAGGAAGAACCAAUGCGAAUUGACAUUGAUAUUUCCAUGACAGCCCAUGCAAAUGCAGCCAAAUAUUAUGCCUUACGUAAAAAGUCAGCAGAGAAUAAGGAAAAAGCCACUCUUGCCUCGAAGAAGGCCAUCAAGAAAACCGAACAAAAAACACUCGAAUCUGCAAAGAAAACUCAAGUCAAAUCUGAAAUUACUCUUCGAAGAAAAAGAUUCUGGUUUGAGAAAUUCUAUUGGUUUAUUACAUCUGAGAAUUACCUUGUAUUGGGUGGCCGUGAUGCGCAACAGAAUGAACUUCUUGUGAAGCGAUAUAUGAGAAAGGGUGAUAUUUAUGUUCAUGCUGAUGUUCACGGAGCUUCAUCAUGUAUUAUUAAGAAUCCAACAGGAGAACCUAUUCCUCCACUCAGUCUUCAAGAAGCAGGCAUGUUUUGUGUUUGCAGAAGUGUGGCUUGGGACAAUAAGGUCAUGUCCAGUGCCUACUGGGUGUAUGACCAUCAAGUCUCGAAAACAGCUCCUUCUGGUGAAUAUUUAACUUUGGGAAGUUUUAUGAUUCGUGGAAAGAAGAACUUCUUGCCACCAUCACCACUCGUCAUGGGAUUUGCCGUAAUGUUUAAAGUCGAUGAAUCAUGUAUUCCAAAUCACCUUCAGGAGAGACAACCAAGAAUGAGCGCUGCUGAAGCAUCCGAUUAUCUUAACAAGGUCUCUGACGCAUUUGCCAACGAAUAUUACGAUGAUGCAGAGUCAUCCACUACUGGAGGCACGUUUGAGGAAGACACAACCACCACAAGCGCCAACGACAUUCUCAGUAACGAUAAACAUGGUACCGUCACCACCACGACAAGUACUUCUAAGGCAGAGACAACAGAAGAAGAGGACAAUCGAGUGCACCAUAGAGACAAUGUCACUAGUGAGGAAAUUCUCGAACUCGAAGCCAACCAUCCAACCACAAACGAAAUGGAUGACGAAGAGGAUGAGAAUUCUCAACAAAAUGGCACUGAGACGAAAAGGAGAAAUCUCUCUGCAAAAGAGAAGAAGUUGUUGCAACGACUCAAGAAGAAGGGUAUGAGUGACAAGGAGGCCAGAGAAGCCAUUCUUUCUGGUAACAUUCCUGAAGAUAUGCAAAAGAAAUCAGAAACAAAGGAACAACAACAAGAAGAUACAACAACUGAGGAAACUGCAACAGCUGAGGCCUCUUCUUCAUCUCUCCCAGUUCAUAAACCAAAAGGUAUGAAACGUGGCAAAUGGAAAAAGCUCAAAACCAAGUAUGCAGAUCAAGACGAAGAAGAACGAAAGAUCAUGAUGGAACUCAUUGGAAACAAACCAAAAGAAAAGCCAAAGGAAGAAAUUGACAGCAAGCAACUUCAAAAGAAGAAGGAAGAAGAAUUUCGUAAAAAGAAACAAGAACAAGCUGAAAUCAAGAAGGUUUUGGAAGAAGAAAAUAUUCCUUUCAUGGACGAAGAAGAUCGAGAAAAACUCACCGAAAUUGACAGCUUGACAGGUCAACCACGUGACGAUGACAUUUUCUUAUUUGCCAUUCCAGUAUGUGCUCCAUACACUUGUCUCAAGAAUUACACAUACAAAGUCAAACUGGUACCAGCAGGUAGCAGUAAGAAGGGAAAGGUUGGAAAAGAAGCAGUUGCCAUUUUACGAUCAGAAGCCAAAUCAUCACCCAUGGUUGAAGCAUGUAUCAAAGCUUUGGACGAAGCUGAUAUUGGAUCAUGUCUUGUUGGAAAUUGCCGAAUUGCUACGAGUCAAGCAAAGAAGAGUUCAGCCAAGAGUGACAAAAAGAAGAAGACAAAACCUGCCUCUUCUGAAAAUGCAGUUACAGAUUUGAAAUUAGAAGAGCAGUAG